CUUUGCGCGUCCCAAAGUUGAGCUGCCAUACAAUACACUCUCUCAACUUUUAUAUCUUUGAUAAUAAAAGACAGCAACAACAAUGGCACUUGCACGACUUGGAUACCACUUUUCAUUGCCCUCAUUAACGACACAAGCACCUCGAUUGGGUGCACUUGCAGCAACUGCAGGCACAUUUAAAACCCCCAUUUGGCUCGAACCAUUCCUUUGGGCUGCUCCGAAAAAGAAGACCUCACACUCGAAAAAGCGAAUGCGCGCGUCCAACAAGGGCCUGGAGAACAAAGAAAAUGUCACCCAAUGUCCAGCAUGCGGAAACAGCAAAUUGAUGCAUCAUUUAUGUAGCCAUUGCUAUGGUGAAAUCAAGCAUGCACACAAAGUUGCCCAUUAGAGGUGAAUCCCACACACAUGCACAGUGUAAUAACUCUUUUUAAAACCAACUUACAAUUCUCUACACACACAACACACACACACACAAAAGAUUAUGUAAAUAUAUAUAUACACGACAUCUCCUAAAACUACACAACAACAUCAUAUUUCUACGCACGCAAUAUUACCAGUUUGGGAAUAAAAAAAAAGAGUGGAAUUACAAACAUG